GUAAGUUAGAUCGAGUAUCCCUUAUUGUUGUUAGAAUUCUUAAUUCAUGAGUUGUAAGGGGGAUGGAGGUCACCACAAACAGAACCUAAAGCAAGUGUUGGGGUUCAAAGUUGGUGUUAAAGAUUAUAAAUUGACUUAUUAUACUCUCGACUAUGAAACCAAAGAUAAUAAUAUCUUGGCAGCAUUCCGAGUAACUCCUCAACUUGGAGUCCCUCUUGAAUAAGUAGAUGUUGCGCUAGCCGAAAAUUCCAUUGGGACAUGGACAACUGUGUGGACCGAUGGGCUUAUCAUUCUUGAUCUUUAUAAAGGAAGAUGCUACCACAUCGAGCCGGUUCCAGGAAAAGAAAGUCGAUUUAUCCUUGACCUUUUUGAAGAAGAUUCUGUUACGAACAUGUUUACCUCUUUUGUAGAUAAUGUAUUUGGUUUCAAGGCCUUGUGCACUCUAAGUCUGGAAGAUUUGAGAAUCCUUAGUGCUUAUAUUAAAACUUUCCAAGGCCCUCUUCGCGAAAUCCAAGUUGAGAGAGAGAACAAGUAUGGUCGUCCACUAUUGGGAUGUACUAUUAAACCUUAAUUAGGUUUAUUUGCUAAUAAUUAUGGUAGAGCAAUUUAUGAAUGUCUGCGGGGACUUGAUUUUAUCAAAGAUGAUGAAAAUGUGAACUCCCAACUAUUUAUGUGUUGGAGAGACCAUUUCUUAUUUUGUGUAGAAGCAAUUUAUUAAUCACAGGUUGAAAAAAGUGAAAUUAAAGGACAUUAUUUAUAUGCUACUGCAGACACAUGUGUAGAAAAUAAAAGAGUUCUGUUUGCAAGAGAAUUGAGUGCUCCUAUCAUAAUGCAUGACUACUUAACAGAGGGCUUCACUACAAAUACUAGCUCGUCUCACUAUUGUCGCGAUAAUAGUCUACUUCAUAUCCACCAUGCAAUGCAUGCAAUUAUCGAUAGACAGAAAAACCAUGGUAUGCACUUUCGUAUAUUAGCUAAAGCAUUAUGUUUGUCUGGUGGAGAUCAUAUUCAUUAUGAUAUUGUAGUAGGUAAACUUGAAGGAGAAAGAGAAAUUACUUUAGGUUUUGUUGAUUUACUACAUGACGAUUGA